CUGGAUAAUAACAGCUGACUGCUCUUCACUUAGUUUUCACUACGGUGUCAGUUCAUUUAUUCAGAAUUUAUUAUAAGAUGUGGAAUCAACAUGAGCAGGCGGGAAUAUUAUAAUCAUUAACAUCAUCAAACUUAAUCAAGAUAAGAUACUUUUGAUUCAAUUGUAAAAUCGAAUUUUCUAAUUUGGAAACUUUGACAGCUGACAAUCUAGAAGAAAGUGGAAAAAAGAAAAGAACACGUUAGUUAACUGCUAAUUUACGUGCUGGAGACUGUAAACGUACAUAGUGGAGUAAAUAUUAUGUUUCCUAAUAGACUUGAAUACCAAACAACAUUCUUUCUCUGCGGGAGCUAAUUAAGGGAAAAGUUAGGGAAAAGUAAAGGGGGGAAUUUAGAUUGUAAAAGAGAACAAAAUGAGUGUGUACUCGAUGCUUCAACAGGGUGAGGGCCAAUACAGUACAUUUGACAAGUUAGCAUAUCAUAACGCGUUGCAAAAUAGUAAAGGAAGUUUUUCAGUGAAUCAUCUACUGGACCUAGGGGAGAUUCCCAGUGAGAACUGUGCAAUGUUUGCCAACACGGACCCGUCACCAGGGCUACCAACACAGACUUGCACCCCGGACUCUCCAAACGGAGGCAUACAGCCGGAUGGACAUACGCAAGCACUGGUCAAUGAAAUUGACCUUAUGGGACAGCAACAGAAGCUGCAACAGGACCAGUGUAUGAAGGAAGAGCCACAGGAUACGCACCAGCAUGAUCAAACUUCCGGAACUGAAGAUGACAAAGAUGAUAAAGAUAGUAAACGCCGGCGGAAGCAGCGUAGGAACCGGACUACUUUCAACAGUACUCAAUUAGCGGCCUUGGAACGAGUAUUUGAAAGGACACAUUAUCCAGAUGCCUUUGUACGAGAGGAGUUAGCGAGGCGCGUAAAUUUGAGCGAAGCUAGAGUCCAGGUGUGGUUCCAGAAUAGAAGAGCAAAAUUCCGCCGAAACGAAAGGAAUAUGUUAACACAGAGAGGCCCAAUGGGAAAUAUGUAUGCAAGGCCUCCGGACGCUAUGCCAAUAGAACAACCAGUUACACCACGAGGUCCCCCAAUGAACACUGACUAUAUGGGAUGGCCAAAUCCUACCUCGUAUAAUAAUUUGAAUGUAAACACUUCCAGUUGUGCGGUUAUGAACCAUAGUUACAGCCCCCCGCCCGGAAUGGGCAGCAUUGCUUCACUUAGACUCAAAGCGCAGGAAUACAACGUCAUGCAAAAUAAUCCCUAUGGACAAAUGACUCAGCGGCUAGAUCCUUAUGAGCAUUAAUGCAUUUUCUUAGAUAAAUGAUUGGAAAAAGGAAGAAAGGAAUAUGCAAACAAGCAACAUGUGUUGUGUUAGGUCACAAAAAUAUGUUACGAUGUUGCUUAAACGAUAAUGAAAUAAUAAUAAUUACAAAGCCAACACAAAUAAUACAACGAUGUUCGGAUACACGGCUUGCUUCGAGGGCAGUUCACGGUGAAGCAAAUGUGAAGUUUCGUAAAUAAACCAUACGGCAAAGGAUUUUUGAAGCUAAGUGCAGAGGAUGUGUACAUUGUUCCGUGCGUCUACGCGAGUGAUUAGAGUUCGCUGCUGCCGAGUAAGAAUAUGAAAACUCGAAUCAUGUGCUUACAAGAGAGAAAUGUGCUAUACAUAUGCAGAACACUGCAUGUUGGCAUAAUUAUUUUGCAGAAAAUAAUGAUCAGCAUUUUCAUGUGGUAAAAUUAUUCUGAUAUUUUGAUAGUUAGGUGCAGAACAGAUUUAAAUAGGCGUCUUUGUAAAAGCUUUUAAAUCUAUUUUACACCGUCUGUCGUAAAAAGAUAUAGCCACAAAAUGUGAUAAAUAUUAACUGUUUUUAUAUUGUUUUGAUAAUGCGCCUGAUGACUGUAAAGGGUGCUUAUAUUAUCCAUGUGCAUUUAUUAAUCCAUAUAAUGUUAUCAUAAACGCAUAUCUAAAGAGGGAUAAGUUUUGGAAUUUAGCCAUUAUUGCUUCAUUUUUAAGAGAUGUUGUUGGAUAGUUCACAAAAUACGGCGCAUCAUUGUCUUACAGUUUGUUUAUAAAUCAUCAAAGAAAAGGAUAAGUCAUGGAAUUCAUUGAAAUUUGUGUUUCAUUUACAUCUUUUAUAAUGUAUCGUGUCUGACAGAAAACUACCGAUCGGUAGGGUGUACUUGUUUAACGAGAAUGUUCAGAACGGUGGCCAAAUCUUUUAGAAAUUUUCUUAUUUUAUCAAAUAUUUUAUCAAAUAUUUUUCAAAUUUAAUUGAGUUAUAAAGGGGAAGCUGUUAAGGAGAGACAUCUUCUCUGUCAGGUUUGUAGGAUUUGCCUUGUGAAAUAUAAUUGUUCCGCCAUUUACUGAAAUAAUUUAAUCUAUUUUUAGUUAACAGCAUUUGAUUAAGGGACUGGUUGAAUUUACAUAACACUGGUAUCCGACUUAAAAAUAUGGAACAAACAAAAUGUAGACUACAUCAGCUUUUAAUAUUUACCCUACAAUUUUUUUUUAUUUUGAUGAACAUAAAGCAAAUUAAUUACUUGUAGAUUGCAAAAAAAAAAAUGAACAAGAUACUAUUAUAAAAGAUGAAAUGAAAUAAAAGUACAUCGUUAUAUCAGU